GUUUCGUUUGCCUAUGCUGCUAAAAUUAUAUUGUUGACUGGAAAUGUGAACAUGUGUUUAAAGGGACGCCUAUAUUCUUUACACAAAUGGUGUACAAACUAUAAAUGAUCUUACUAAUGUGACAUUGUGAAAACAGAAAAAUAUUUCGCCAUUUGUGACUGCAGGCCUGUGAUCAUGGAUGCCUCAAAGAUUACAAGUAAAACAAGCUCUUUGAAGGCUUUGAUUCUUAAAGCUUGGCGAGAAAGAUGGACAGAUAUUCAAUGGGGUAUAAAUAUCAAGACAAUUUUACCUAGAGGCGUAAGUGGAGACCUUUAUAACCUAGCUGAUUGUAUUCUUCAGCAAGCCAUGGUAGGUUGUGGAGCCAACCAGUUAGUAAUAUCCUACUUGAAACAUUCACUUGCAUCACAUCUUGUGUCAUAUGCAGCAGUGCUACAGAGAAUAUCAAAAUUCGACGCUUUCCAUAAACCUCACUGUAUUUUGAGCCUUUUGGAGUUUUUAGAAGGUUUCCUUGACAAUAUAACAUGCAGGGGUAAGAUGGAAGAAGAAGUACUCGCGUAUGCGGUAUCAUCAAUUAUUUUGUGGCUUUUCCAAGUUUACCAUUACUCACUCAGUAAAUAUACAGCAUCAAAUCCAAUUCAGAGUCAAGAAUUGCUUGAGAAGUCCACAUCCAUACUCAAUUCAAUAGUCAAUACGGAUUUUUUGGUUGCUAUGUUUUAUCUUGCCAAACAAAAUGAUCCAGAUGAAUAUAGUAAGGUUACUAAGAAAUGCCAAGAAAUCUCAACUUUUAUUAUGAUGAAUACUCAGUUCAAGGCCCCAGUGACCUUACAUGAGACUUUACAAAAAAUAUGUAACAUGGAUAUAGAUAAAAUUGCACCAUUAAAUAUUAAGAUGGAAACAGUGGGACAUUGUCUGCAGGCACUCAUUGCAGUAAAUUUAUUAGCAAACCCAAGUGCAGACUCUCAACUAUUGACGAGCCAACUACUUAUGGUUAAACGCAUAAAAGGAUAUACAUUGUCAAGACUGUAUUGUGAAUUGAUCCGAUCCUGUUUUAUUUCUCUCAAUGAUUCUUGUAAGACUGCUUCAAACCAAGCAUUAUGGGCAGCUUUUACUUUCGUGAAGGUCCCUCAAGUUAUGUACAAUUUACAUAGUAUAUGUGGUACUGCAAGCAAAGAAGGCGAAUAUUCUGUGGAAGUCGUGGAAGCAUUUGAGAAGCUGUUGCAGUCAACUCCUCUUCUGGAUAUUGUUGAUGUAAAGAGUUCAUGUAAUAGUAUCAUAACUUUAAUCGAACCUCUUGUUAAGUUGAAUGUAUUAUCAGAAAGCCAUUUGGCAUAUUUUAAUAAACGACGAGAAACAAAAGAUAUGAAACUGCAGAAAUUAGAGCCUACUGGUCUUCAAGCACCAAUACCAGUCUUUAUUACAAGGGCAGAGCCAACACUUGCUGGUAUCUUAAAAACACUUGCUAGCGACUUCAGUAAGAUUCAUGAUUCACUGAAUCCAAUGCUGUGUCAGAUUGUUGGUGGAGGAACUUUGGAAAAGAUCCUAGCUGUAGCAACAGUAGAGGGAAAGUUGAAGUUAAUAGUCUCAAGGCUCAUAAAACUGAAUGAAUUUGCCAUCCAUUCAUCCAAUGAAAAAGGAGCAUCUCAGUCAAAAGUAGCGAGUUUUGACAUAUCAUUUCUCAUUCUCUGCUUCAUAGUCCAAGAAUAUGGUGCUGAUGCUGUUUUAGAGGAAAAUGGAGAUAGUUUCUUCGAACACUGGGUUAGAGAUUGUAUGCCACAAAAAGGAGUCCAUAAACCACCAGAUCAAAUAUUGCAGAAAUGUGAUUUGCAAUUUGUUGAUGUUUUCAUUCGACAUCUGAGCGCACCAGACUUUGACUUUAAGAAUAUUAAUAUGAAACCGCAUGAUUUGUGUGAGAAUGUGGCUGGUGUUAUAAGAGAAGUCUUGUUUGCUUGGGAACAAGGAUCACUAUCAGCUGGAGAUGUCAAGCGGAUGCUUGAUUCUCUGAGGCAAAAGAUGACUUCUUUAGCUGUUUGUGCCUCUGUCUGGCUUUGUGCCUACAUCAAUGUGGUUCAUCAAGAUGCAUUCCUGAAACCAAUGAAUAUGGUUCAACAAUUCUUAACACCACCAAAUGACGUCGAGAAACAAAUUGAGACUUUUAAGGAAAGAUCAGUUUUGAUGACUCACAUUAUAAAGAAAAUGCAAUAUGACAUCCAUCCAUCUUCAGCGCCCAAGUCGAAAACGGCUUCUACAUUCCACAAUAUAAUAUCAAGGCAGCCUAUUUUAGAGCAGUUACAGACUAUAUGGGAGGACAUAAAAUCAAGGGGCUAUCUUCACAUUGAUGCAACACAUAAUUUUGAGUGUUUAUUAAAUACGACAGGACCAGUAUGGUUUGUAACACAUUUAGUAAAGGAAACCCUAAAGUUCAGAUACCAGGAAGAUCUUGAUAGAUCAGUGGACAUAGUUUUUGCUAUACUACAUUUAGAUAUUGAAAAAUGUACUGAGGCUUUGUUACUGCAUGUUCUGCCUCAGUAUUUGUACAAUGCCAAGUUAUGUGAAGAGCUUGUUGAGCCACAAUCAACUAUUUUGGCCAAACUGUCAGUUUAUUGCAUUUAUGCUGCAUUAGAACACAGUAAUGCAAAUAAAUUACAUAAUUCUAGAAAACGUCGGCAUGACGAUUCAGAUGAUAUGGAUGUGACAUCGAGUAAAGUGCGGAGGCUUAAUGAUAAUAGUUCAGACAGCAGUGGUUACUAUGGGCAAGGCCAAAAUGUUUCAGGGGUGACCUUGAAAGAGCCGUUACAAUCGGCUUUAGAGACACUAUACACGUCUUUUUCCCAAUUGGCUGGGAAGAAUGGCGACGUCACCCCACAGACACAUUUUAUACUUCAGUUUUUGUCGUACGUCGUCUCUUGUGGACAUGAAAGAGCGCAUUUAGUUCUGCAAAAGAUGCCAAGUGAAUUGGUCCCCACUUUGAUAAAGGCUCUUCCAGAAGGUUUUAAUAUAAGCUUGAUUCUAAGGCUGCAUGACUUGUCUAGCCCUUAUGGUAGAAAAGAUACUGCUAGGGAUCUUUGUCUAUUGAGAAAUAUGCGGUUGAGGCCUGAUUAAAAUGUAUGGAAUUUUUAAAUACUAUUUUUAUUGUAUUUGCAUAAUUAAUUUAAUGUUUUGUGAUUUUUUUACAAGCAAUUUAUUUUCAUGAGUCUCUUGAGAGAGUCUGGAUGUUUUAUUCUAAAAUAAAGUUAUU